AUGGAAAACGAUAAGGGAGAACUCGUCGACCUCUACGUCCCCGCAAUGCAGAUCUCCGUCGGCAAGGUCGACGAGACCGGCCGCUACACCGGCGAGAACAUCACCUACGCCCUGUGCGGCUUCGUCCGAUCCAUGGGCGAGAGCGACGACUCGCUCAACAGGCUGGCCCAGAGGGAUGGUCUGUUGAAGAACGUUUGGUCGGCCGGCGCGCCAGCACUAGAGUGGAGAGGGGCUUUGGGGCUGGAGAGGGAAAAGAUGGGAUAG